UUGUCUUCUAUUACAGCUCUAAUGGCUGAAACAAAUUCUGAAAUUGAUCCUUUGGAUCCCCUAGUAAUCUACAAAGAAGUUGAUAUGCACAGUACUGUAUCCUCCAUGAAGGCAAAAACAAAUUAUCGCUCACAACGUUCACCACAAGUUUUAGUAUUGAAUCCUGGUGUACCUCAAGUACCAAUUGGUGGACCAAUUAGACCAAUCCAACCUAUUCCACAGGUACCACCACCCAUACGACCUAUACCAAUCCAACCAAUACAACCUAUACAAACUAUACGACCACUGCAACCGGUCUAUCCUUUAGCAGCUCCACCGGUUGUAACAGGAAGUCCUGGAUCUAGAAGGGUAGUAUUUUCUUAUCCAAAUCGCCCACGCGGCAAUACUAGAAUAGUGAUAAAGCCUGUAGUAAUACUACCAGUUGGUACAGGAUAUUUGCCUAACACAAAUUUAGGUAUACCUUACUCUUAUUAUGGUACCCCAGGCAUUUACCCUUAUCCAACAAUUGGGCCAAACAUAGUUUACCCAACAUAUGCAACAACAACUCAAAGACCAAAUAUACCAAACUAUAAUUAUAACUACUACAAUGAUUAUGGAAAUAAUUAUCAAAAUUAUGGGAACUACAAUUAUGGGGACUACAAUUAUGGGAACUACAAUUACGAUAACAAUUAUAAUAACUAUAAUAAUUAUAACUAUUAUGGUUGAGCUGGGAGAUGGACGCACA